AUGGAUUCUUUUACGGAGAUCCCGUCCCAAAAGGAGAAACCCGCUCUUCCAACCGUCCGAGCCAUCGCCACCACCAGCGACGACGGCGUUGACGACGUCGCCAGUGGUGCCGAGAACACUCCGACCAGCCUCAUUGACCUCAUGCCCGAGCUCAAGACCAUGAUCUUCAAGGAGCUCGACGACGUGGCCGCCAUUGGCAACUUGCGGGCAACGCACUCGAGCUUCUGGCUCGCGUUCGAGGAUUCGCGGGAGGCCAUCGCGAAGGGGAUCUACGAGCGGAUUAGCGCGAGCCACUCGGUCGUCACGCUCGCCCUCAUGGCGGCCGAGGCGCAGAGCCUCAACACCGCCGACCCCGAGGCCGUCCGCCGCCUCAUCGCCAAGUACCUGGGCCGCCGGGGCCCCCUCAGCCCCUCCGAGUGGGACGUGCGCCUGCUCGACCGCGUCGGCAACCUCGUUAAGUCCGUCGACAGGAUCAUCGAUCUUGGUGUUCAACAUAUGAUGGUCUUCCGUGCCGCCAACAUCGAGCCGAGCCAGGCCGAGCUCGACCGCUGGUCCCGCGCCCUCCUUACCUUGGAGGUCGCCAAAUUGGCCUUCCACAUCAACCCCGCAAACAAGAAACCGAUGUUCGCGUUUUGCUACCACAGCCUAUACCGCGAGUUCUGGCUUAAGUUUUCCGUGGUGGAGAUCUGCGAGCUCCGUACCGCCCGAGCUCUCCUAAGCAGUGCGAAGAUUAUAAUCUUUUCUCGGGAGCUGGAGGAAGGUGACGAUCGUUAUGUCGACCUUCUUCUCAACUGCGUCUGCGUCGGUGCCGGCGGCCGAAACCGAGCCAUCUCGUGUGUCACCGAGCUGAUCGGAGUGAAUGAGCUGGGCCGCUGGUUUGGUCCCGGAUUCGAAGCCGACGUGGCCGGGGCUCGUCUCCGCGCGUUCUGCCCCCCCUUUCAGUGCUGGAUCGGAAAGCCGAACCCGAUCCACUCUCUAGCGCUUCUCGUCCAGGUCAACGAGAUGAACAAGGCCCCGGCUCCGAGCCCAGAACUCAAUGUCUCCCGCGGAGGACAGAUCCUGCCUCAAGUCUUUGGCACACCUAUCCCAAACGAUCUCGUCCGGCCCAGACAGUUUUCCGAUGAGCGGAGCAUGACCGGGGAGACUUGGUGUUGGCAGGUGCAGGAUUGGAUUUCAUAUUUUGGAGCAGACAUCGAAGACAGGCACUGCUGGCUUAACCGCUGGCAGCACUAUAGUUCUCACUGCAUUGACGAUGGCGAUUAUUGGAUAGACGUCGUGCAAGGUCUCGAUCGUGAAACCAUUGAGACGAUACGCGAAGUGCAGCCGAUGAUCAUGCCGACCCCAAGGUGAGCGACCCCGAUACCAACAGCACCAUACGAUGACUGUGGGUGAAUGCUCACGUAGGGUGCAAGGCUCUCCCCGAAUCUUGGUUAAAGAUCGAUGGACGUCUGAUCUCUCCCUAGCCUGGGCGAGAGAAUAGGCAGUUAGAUGGAUAUGGCGGUUGGGAGGACGGUCGAGUGUCCCUCACCGAUUACGCCUCCGCGACAUGCGUCUCGAGAUCGACACGAUGGUGCUCGAUGCGCUGCUAAGUGGCUUGGCAAGUGAUAACCCAUGUCCCGGAAACUUUGCUAUGACUUGUUGUUCUUAAUGUAUUAUUUAGGCCCGUGGGCAUGACACGGUGAGGACAUGACGAUGGAUAACUGUGUAUAUAGGUGCCGUACCUGUGUCCAUGAUAUUCUCUCAGGCUCAGGUUUAGUGCCAACCGACAAGUUCGUGGUAUUGACCAUGCAUGUAAAUACGCACACCAUACAGGGUGCUGAGUCCUUCGCUUCUUUCUCAACGUGGCGGCAUUUCAGACACCCAGAAGCACGUCGACGGUGACCUUUGCGAGCGGGCGCCCACACGGCUCAGUACCCGUACUGCGUAGUGCACGGUAGGCGUCUAGGUGGCGUCGGGACGCAGUCCGGAUGUGUGGCCGUUUGGACACACCCAAACGACGGCGCGCACUAAGUCGUUGAGGAUUCAUAGCCCUCCUAACACCACGGUCUC